AUCAACGUCAAGGUCGGAGAAGAAGGAGCAAUCCGCGUGGGUUAAAAGAUGUUCAGAUUCAUUAGACCACUGUGGAGUGUGCAGAGAAACUGCAUACGAUUCUCGUCUACGCUUGGUGAGUCAAGCACUGCGGUGGAGACACCAGUGAAGCAGGAGCUUCUAAGCAGAACCUCUCUGCUGACAAUUCCACCAAGGGACUCGGACCUGACCGCCUUGGAAAGACAGGAUGAAAUCAUCAAGAGACGUCGGAAACUGGCAAAGACUGUCGUUGAGAUUAAGAAGUUCAAGCCACGUUCCCCUGGUCGCAGAUGGUUCAGAGCCCCAAUUUACCCAUACCUCUGGAAAGGGUCACCUUACUUCCCGUUGACCGCCGCCAUUAGAGCCACCGGUGGUAGAAACAAUACGGGUCAUAUCACCGUGAGAUUUAGAGGUGGUGGACACAAGCGCCGUGCAAGAAUUGUUGAUUUCAAGCGGGCUGAGGCUGGUAAGCAGAAGGUUCUCCGUAUAGAAUACGAUCCGACAAGAACCGCUCACGUUGCGCUUAUGAAAAAUCUGGACACGAAAAAGAUUUCUUAUUACUUGGCUUGCGAUGGUAUGAGAGCCGGUGAUAUAGUGGAGAGUUACAGAACGGGUAUCCCAGAGGACUUGAUGCAAGAGAUGGGUGGUAAGAUCGACCCUGCCAUCUUGAGUGCUAGAACAAACCAGAAGGGUAAUUGUCUACCGUUGAGAAUGAUCCCAGUUGGUGCCGUUAUCCAUGCUAUUGGUAUCACCAGAGAUGGUGCUGCCAAAUUCUGUAGAUCUGCUGGUACAUACGGUCGUCUCAUGCAAAAAUUACCUGAAAAGGGUAAAGCUGUCGUUAAACUACAAUCUGGUGAACAACGUUAUGUCCAUUUGGAUGCUUGUGCUACACUUGGGAUAGUUUCAAAUAUCGACCAUCAACACGCCAAAUGGGGUAAGGCUGGUCGUUCACGCCACAGGGGGUUCAGACCAAGGGUCCGUGGUGUAGCCAUGAACAAAUGUGACCAUCCCCACGGUGGUGGUCGUGGUAAAUCCAAAUCUAACAAGUUAUCUAUGUCCCCAUGGGGUGUCUUGGCCAAGGGUUACAAGACAAGAAGAGGCAAACAUCAGAAUAACAUGAAGGUUAGAGAUAGACCAAGAGGUAAAGCUGGCAAAGGAAUGAGAGGUUAAGCCACUGGUGCUUUCUUCAUUCCCUUUGUCUAUACAUAUAACAUGUUUUUAAUUGUACAUAGCUUAAAUUGACUACAUGAUAG